CGUCUCCACUUCCACGUCUCUCUAGUGUGCCUGUGUCCCGGUGAAGUGUGCGGCUUCCCUGUAGGGGAAGAGGGACCGGGUCAUGGCGGCUGUGACCGGCUCGGGGGUCACUGGCUCCCCAGCGGGGCCCGGUGUGAAGGAAGGGGCCCGGAUUGGCGUGCUCUGCUUGCUCUGGUACUCGGUGAGCUCUGGUGGUAACGUGGUGAACAAGAUCAUCCUGAACAACUUCCCGUACCCGGUAACGGUGUCCCUGUUCCACAUCCUGGCCAUCUGCUGCUUCCUUCCCCCUAUGCUCCGAGCAUGGGGGGUUCCCCAUACCCAGCUGCCUGCCAGGUAUUACCGCUGGUACAUCAUCCCGCUGGCCUUUGGGAAGUAUUUCGCCUCUGUGUCUGCACAUUUCAGCAUUUGGAAGGUGCCCGUCUCCUAUGCCCACACCGUGAAGGCCACAAUGCCAAUAUGGGUGGUGCUGCUUUCUAGGAUAAUAAUGAAGGAAAAGCAGACCACAAAGGUGUACCUAUCCUUGGUUCCAAUUAUUGGAGGAGUUCUGCUGGCCACUGCUACUGAAAUUUCCUUUGACAUGUGGGGGCUAAUCAGCGCUCUUGCUGCCACUCUUUGCUUCUCUCUGCAAAACAUCUUCUCCAAGAAGGUGCUUCGUGACUCACGGAUACAUCAUCUGAGGUUGCUGAACCUUCUGGGAUGUCAUGCUGUAUUUUUCAUGAUACCCACAUGGGUGUUACUGGACCUUUCAUCCUUCCUAGUGGAGAGUGAUAUGAGCUCCUUCUCUCAAUGGUCAUGGACACUUCUCCUCCUUGUCAUCAGCGGAACUUGUAACUUUGCCCAGAACCUGAUUGCCUUCAGCAUCCUUAAUCUUAUAAGUCCUCUAAGUUACUCUGUAGCCAAUGCCACAAAAAGGAUCAUGGUCAUUACAGUCUCUCUCCUCAUGCUUCGCAAUCCUGUGACUGGCACUAAUGUUCUAGGCAUGAUGACUGCAAUUCUUGGAGUUUUUCUAUAUAACAAGGCAAAGUAUGAUGGUAGCAAGGAAGCAAAGAAGCAAUUACUUCCUGUUUCCGCUGGAGAGAUUCAAGGCUUGGAUCAGCACCGUGAACAUCCAGAAAAGCUCCAGAACGGCAUUACUUCCUUCACUCCUGGAAAAGACUAUCAAUAUAGUCGGACCAAUAUACUGACUGAUCACUUUCAGUAUAGUCGACAGAACCACCCAAAUGCACACAAUCGAUAUGAUGUUUGAAGCAUCUUCCCCAUUGCUACCUACCUGGCAUUCCCCCUACGUCACUUGCUACACAUCACACUUUAUCAAGAAAAAACAAAACGUCUCAUACUUGUAUUGAUGAGUGGUUACAGUAUGAUUUGCUUGUCCAUUGGAAGUGGUGGAGAUGCAGUGUAUGCUUCUCUAUAGAGCAUGAUCAAAGCUUUGUCUGUUUUCAGUCCCUUGUUCUUCUGUAUCAGGACAUUAAGAUAUGUGAAGUGAGAUGGAUUUUAGUCUAAAUUACUUCUCCAGCUCCUAUGGUUGUGCAUUUGUGUUCUCCCUACAUCCUCAGAAGUAUUGGAACCUUUAGGCUGCUGCAUGCAAUUGAGUCUUCAGCCUUCCUAAGAAGAGCAUUAUCAUCUUUGUCUACUCCUGGCAAGCGCACACUGCAAUCUACACAUUACAUCUGAACUAGCUAAUGUUUGGACUAUAAAGAUGUACACUUGGAGUGAAAGGUGGUUAUGAUACCCUGCAUUAUAUUCACAUGAAUCUGGUUAUUAUGGAAGGCAUCUAGACCUUGGUUAUGAUCUUUUCCGGGAAGGUAUCUAUACAUGC